CUUUUUUUACCCAGCCGAAAUCACUCUGGCGGUCAUUUUUGUCGAUUAAUCCUCGUGUCUCAUGAUCGUGCAAAAAUGACAUCAUUUAAUUCUACCGAAGCCUUUGAUCUGGACUUAGAUAUUGUUAUUUCAGACCUAACAAAAGGAUUUUUUGAGUGUCAAUUUAGAGGGCUUGUAAACAGCUGUAAAUGGUUAGCUGACUUGAUAGAUGCCGUUGUCAAACACAAUUAUCCCUCUGACAAAAAUUAUCAAAAAGGGCAAACGUUACUGCACUCUUCAUCAAUAAAUGUUUUGAACUCCGUAAUCUCUCGCUUUACACCUUUGCAGUUGUCAUCAUAUUUUUUGGCUCGCAGUUUGCUAGAAAAUAAGGAGUAUGAAAGAUGUGCACAUGUUGUAUCAGCCCUAAUAGUACCUUUCGUCGGGGGUACGCAACAAUGGUCCCCUGAUAUAAACGACAAUCUCAUAUACUUCAUUUAUGUUUAUGCUCGAUUGAUGGCAAAUGAAAAAAGAAAGAUCAAUGAUCAAAUUGGAUUAAAACAGGCCUACGGCGUGGAUGUGGAGGGGCUCACUCUCGGUCAAUGGAGCCAAUCUCAGUACAGAAAUUCUCUAAAUUCUUUGAAACAUGAACUGGAAAAUUAUAUACGAUAUCAUAGCCAGGGUGGAGCAAUGAUGUCAGAUAAUUUGGAUCCCUAUAUUCUUUACGUGUAUUCUCUUGUUCUACGAAAGCUUCACUGUGAAGAAAUGGCAGUAAUAACCUUAUGCCACAUCCUUAGUUUAGACCACUCUUGUUGGCCUGCCUGGUCUGAGCUUGCUGAACUCGCAAAGGAUCGUGACCACCUAAAGAAAUUUAAACUCCCUUACAUAAUUUCAGCUUCCUGCUGGGCUCAGCUAUUUUUUGAGGCUAAGAUGAAUCUUAAUUUACAUGAGCGUGAAAAGGCGCUGGAAAUACUUACUCGCUUAUACAAUACUGGUUUUGAUAUGAGUCUCAAUUUGCGAACCGACAUUGCAUUAGCGCACGAAGGUAUGAGAGACAUGGAAAAUGCCGAAAAACACUUUAGAAAGGUAUUUGAGCUUGAUCCAUUUCGCCUGGAAGAUGUUGAUGUCUAUUCCAACACCCUCUUUGUGCGUGAGGAACAUGCUGAAUUAGCUCGCUUAGCCCACCAUUGUAUUAGUGUAAAUCGUUAUCUUCCACAAACGUGCUGCGUUGUGGGAAAUUUUCACAGCCUUCGAGGCCAUCAUAAAAAGGCAGUGCUCUAUUUUCAGCGUGCUUUGACGCUAAAGCCAUCUUAUGCCCUCGUAUGGACUCUAGUAGGCAAGUCUCUUCGUUUGUCAUUGAUUGAUUUUUUUUUAUUUCUUAAGUUGACUACAAGCUACCAUUUUUUAGGUCACGAGUAUAUGGAGCUCAAAAAUACCAAUGCUGCUGUGCACGCAUAUAAUCAAGCAGUUGCUCAUAAUAAGCGAGAUUUUCGCGCCUGGUAUGGACUAGGCCAAAUGUACGAGAUGCUAAAUAUGCCUUCCUUUGCAUUAUAUUACUACCGCAUGUCGGUUUUAAACUUUCUGUUUUAA